CUAGCUAGGUCUCACUAAAAUUCAUCAAAAUCCACACAUAGCAUUAACCUGAGUGUUGGAUCCAACUUAUCACAUCACAAUAUCACAUCAUAUAUUUACAAAUAUGAAGGCUGAGAUAGAGACAUCAUCAGAUAGUAGGUUCUACACAUUUGAUAGAAAAAUGGAAAUUCCUCAAUGGGCUGCUAUGAACGAAGAUUGGAAAGCCUUCAAGGAAUUCUUCCAGCAAGACAAGAAAGCUUUGCUUGAGCCCAUGGACCUGAACCAAAGCACUGCCCUUCAUGUUGCUACCCGCUCCAACAAACCGCAACAACUACUGGCAGAGUUGCUAGACAUGCUGCCUGUCACUGACCGGCGGCUCGCGCUGAGGCAGGGGACUGCUUACAAAAGCACUAUUCUCCAUGAAGCCGUCUCUUACUGCAGGAAGAAUGUUGAAAUUGUGGACAUGUUGCUCAGGUACGAUGUGGUGGUGCCGGCUGCAGAUGGAGAAACUGGUGAACAAGAAGAAGAAAAGCAGGUUCCCCUGCUGGAGAUGAAAAACUACUUAGGUGAGACUCCAGUUUACAGAGCAGCUAAGGUGGGGAACCUGAGGAUGCUCCAGCACUUGGCCAAACUUGUGCCGGACUUGCAAUUGCAUUUCAUCAGAGAUUCAGACAAGGCUCCAAUUCUUCACAUUGCUAUAAUCACCCAACACUUAGAUGUAGCUGUUUGGUUAAUGAAAGUGCAUGGGAAACUAGCUUAUGAAAAGGACUCAAAUGGAUUAACUGGUCUUCAACUGCUAUCCAAUAUGCCCUCUGUUUUCCUGAGCCAUGCCAAGCUUGGAAUCGCAAAGACUCUCAUAUACUCUAUGCUUCCCGAACGCGAUUAUGAGUAUGAAAAUUAUGAUGAAAGCAUUAAGGUCAUCAGAGGAGGGAUAGAUUUAGAACAUGGGAAAGAACAUGCAAAGCAGCCACCAAUCUCAGUGAUUUCAAGGACCAACUACGCAUUUUGGAAAUUUCUCUCACAAGAAUGGGAUGUGGUUGAUCAAUUUUGGAAGAAAAAGAAGCAGAACAUGUUAGCAGAGCGUCUAACAGACUUGUUAGUACAGAAAGAUGAAUCAUGGCACAGCACCUAUAUUGACAGUGGGAAAACAGUGGUGGUAUUGCCAGUUAUUAAUCCGUCAAACGUGGCUGCAAGUAAACUAACUUACCAAGGGAAGGAACAACCUGGACAACAAAGCCAGAAAACUUACAGUGCGUACACUCCAUUGCUCUUGGCGGCGCGCAAGGGGAUUGUGGAAAUUGUGGAUAAAAUAAUUGAGAUGUAUCCAGAAGCUGUACAUCAUGUGAGCGAGGACGAGCUGAACGUGCUUCAUGUGGUUGUGGCAAACCGUCAGAUGAAUGUUUACCAGAUAUUUAAGAGGCAAGGUUUGUUGAGGUCGUUGGGUCAACUGAUAAGCAAGAAAGGUCGCACUUUGUUGCACCAGGUGGGAAGGAUAGAGUAUUACAGAGGAGGUCAACAAGCUGGCAUUGCUUAUGAAUUGCAAGAUGAGUUGCGUUGGUUCGAACGAGUAAAGAAGAUAAUUCCUCCUCACUUUGUGAUGCAUUGCGGGGAGGAUAACCUGACAGCCAAGGAGCUAUUCGAGAUAGAGCAUGCACAAAUGCAUGAAGAAGCACAAAAUUGGAUAAAAGAAACAGCCCAAUCAUGCUCCGCCGUUGCGGUUUUGGUGGCCACCGUAGUCUUCGCGGCGGCCUACACUAUCCCAGGAGGAACUGACGCAAGAGGCUUCCCUUUAUUCCUCCAUUCACCGAUGUUCCUCUUCUUCACCAUCAUGGAUGUCGUGGCCCUCGCGAGCUCGCUUGCUUCUGUGGUGAUGUUUCUCUCGAUCCUGACUUCUCCGUUUGAAAUGUGGGAGUUCUAUAAGUCACUACCACGAAAACUCACGUUGGGUUUCUUUUUGUUGUUCUUCUCCUUGACCACCACGAUGUUGUCGUUUAGUGCCACAAUUUUGCUCACAAUUCGGUUGGAGUCGGACAAAUGGAGUUCUAGUUUGAUUUACAGUGCGGCAUUUUUUCCCGUCUCUGUAUUUGGAUUGUUGCAGUUCCCGUUUUAUAUGGCAAUCAAAGACAGACUGGUGCAUUUUUUGAAGAGACUUAAGAAGUUAGUUCCACGCCGCUUGCUCAAGCUGAUCGUGAAGUCUAAGAAAAGAAAAUAUCAUUGAUGUUGAGCGAAAAAAGGGUUGUCACAUAACUUUUUUCUCUUCCAUCUUAUUUUCAUUCAUUUUAUCUAUUUAUCUCUCUCUUCAUUCUAUGUUGCAUUCCUAUCAUAUCUCUUAUUUUUCUCUAUCUUGGUCUAAGUGUGGAUGAAGUUAAACAAAUACUCAUUAUUUAUUAAUUAGUUAGUGCAUGUUUAGAUUUUUUUUUAGGUAAGCCAAAUUUGUAUUAAAAGUGAGUACAAGAGGUACUCAACCCAAAAUACAAUAGAAGAUAGUUAAAAACAAAACAAAGACAUGAAAGCUAAAGUCUGCUACUUGUUAAGGCAAAAAAUCAGUAAAGAAAAAUCCAACUCGAAAAACAAGUGAAACCAGUUGCCAACUAAGACAGAAUCUUCAAGUCCCACAUGAACCAGCCGGAAACAACCUCUAGGUGCCAAGAAUGCAUAGAAGAGGAUUUGAAAACCAAUCAGAGGAAGAAUAACUGAAACCCUUCACAUUCGCCUUAAUCCAUUGCCAUGAGCGGCUGAUAAGUGUCAUUUUUACGCAUAUUUGGUUAUCUUUUUAGGCACUUAUCUCACGUGUGUGCUUCA